AUGGAGGAGGACGAGGCGGGCGCGGCGGGUGCGGAGCCGCGGGGCUCCCGCCGCCGCUCGCCCAGCCCUGGCUGCUUGGACGUGAGCUCCAGCCGCUUCGACCCGCUGCUGGCGCUCUACUCGCCGCGCACGCCGCUGCCCUUCCCCGCCGCGCCUUGCUUCAACAACCUCGCCGAGUACGAGAGCUUCCAGCGCGGCCUGCGCCGCCCGGGCGGCCGCCGCGCCGCCCCCGCCCGCCGCGGUGCCCCCGCCGGCCGCGCGUCCCGCCGGGGCCCGCCCGCCGCCGACCCCGAGCGCAUCCAGCGCCUCCGCAACCUCAUGGUCAACGCGGGCCCCGAGCAGGACGCGGCUGAAGGCGGAACGGCGACCCGGCGGCGGCGGGCACCGCGCAAUGUCCUCACCAGGAUGCCCCUCCAUGAAGGGAGCCCACUGGGGGAGCUUCAUCGCUGUGUCCGAGACGGUGUCAGAAUUAAUGUCCACAUCCGCACUUUCAAAGGUCUUCGUGGAGUCUGCACAGGGUUUUUGGUUGCAUUUGACAAAUUCUGGAAUAUGGCCCUGACAGAUGUGGAUGAGACUUACAGGAAACCAGUAAUGGGCAAAGCCUUCUAUGCAGAACCUCAGCUCUCACUGACCCGACUGUUUGACAGACUCAAGCUGCAGGAAUCCUCGAGGAAGAAGGGAGCUGAAUCAAAGACUGUCUCAGAGGAGCUGGCCCUGACAAAUGACUCUCAGACGCUGAGUUUGAAAGUUGGAUCUGGACGAGGGAGAGCAGAAGAGGAGCAUGAGAGGCAGAAACACUUGGGCAGAGCUGGAGAGAAGAAGACCCCAGGUGACAGAAGUGAAGCUGAUGUGGGCAGCAGGACUGCCCACACAGAGGGGGCCAGUGCUGCUGGGGCCCGAGCAAGGAGCCAGUCCCGGAGGAGAAGGCGGCCCAAGGUGGAUUAUCAGCAGGUGUUCACACGCCACAUAAACCAGAUCUUUAUUCGAGGAGAGAAUGUCUUGCUUGUCCAUUUAGCACAUUGACUUGGCUGAGCCUUUGUCAGAGUAUUUAUUUGAUAGCAUGACUUGCUGCUGCAGCUCCCAUUGCUAUUUAGAGUUGUCAUUGAGUAGGAUGGUACUGUGGCUGGUUUCCCAUUGCCACCACAAGGUAGGGGAAAGAAUUGUAACUUGAGCAUCCUGGGCUUGAUGCCAAAGCAGCCUCCUUAGAUCCCUGUUGGGGGUCUCAGGAGAAGGUCAGCAAAGCAGUUGUUUCUGUGAUAUGAGGGAGUUAAGCAGAGAUCCCACUGUUUCUUAAAAAGGAGCUAAAUGGGGAGGGUUGUAAGAGAAUUUUGGUGUACUCUGUUACAGGAGCUACUUAUGACACACAUUUAAGGAUAAGAUCUGGACCUGCAAUAAAUCAGAAAUGCUCUUUUGCACAUUCUGAAUAAUAUCACGAGGAAAUUGCUAAUGGAACCAACAGUUUAUCUGCUGCUGUUACAUGGAUGUCCUCUUUUCCAGGCAGAAUUCUGACAGCCAUUUUGAAAUAGUUUAUAAAACUUUGGAGUCAUCCUGCUGAUGGCUACUGGCCUCUUUGCCAUAGUUAGCUCUGUAAUGUGUGAUAGAAAACCUCUUAAUUUUAAACUGCUCUUUUAAUGUGGGUGAUGGCAGGACUGUAACUUGUUUCCAGUAACAAAGCUUAAGCUCUCUUUGUAAUGCUGUGCUUUGGCCCUGUGUCACCAGCAAGCAGAUGAUGUAGCUGAUCCAGAGACAUCCCUGUUUGGAGUUUAUCUGUGGGUGAAGAUGGAAAACUAUCCUUUUAUAUUUCACCUAUUUGCUACUUAGUGUAGCAGUGAAGCUGGCAAAGAUUGGGUUUUUCUCAGGUGUGUUUGUGCUGAGCAUACCUGUCCUGUAUUUAAACACCUUCCAAGGCUCCCUCUAUUGAAACCAGAGGUGCUGUGUCUCUAGCAGUUCUCAUGGAACAGGAAUCUUCAUGGGUCUUUUCUGUCCAUGUGAGGCAUGCAUCAUCUAAUUCCAUCUUUGGAGAUGUGCCUGACAAGGUUUUGAAGUAUAGAAGUUAAACUCAACUCAUCAGUGUGUCAUUUUGCAAGGGUGUUAAAUUAUUGCAGGCCAGGCCAGGGUUCUGCAGGUAUAAACUGCUUUCCAAAAAAACCUACCUGCAGAAGUAAAUGAAGCUGUUCCAUUAUGUAGCCUGUCCCCUUUGUUGUCAAAGGAGAUUUCAUGCUGCUAUUCUGUAUUCAUCUCAACUGCCUUGUGCUUUGCAGCAGCUCUGUGUGUUUAAGCUGAAGAUGGGAAAUUGCUUUAUAGCAGGACUUACAUUGCAUAUAGAUGCCCUGAGUUCUCAAAUUGAGUGGCUGUACAUGUAGGUGACAUGGAUUUCUGUUGCUGCAGGUGCAGCAUUCUGCUUGCUUGGUCAUUAGGGAUAUGUCUGGUGUUUGGGUGAAUCACAGAAAUCAUUUAGCAGGCAUUCUGGACACACAAAGCAGCUGUUUGCCUCUGGGGGAGCUUGAAAUUUAUGUCAACAUUUCACAUGACACGGGGUUUGAUGAGCUCAGCUACAGAGCUCAAAGCCAAGUUCAGCCUGGGACAGAGUAAAAAGUACUGUUGAGGCAAAAUAGUUUCAUCAAGGGUAAAAAAGAAAAGAAAAAAAAAUAAACAUUCUCCACAGCUUCUUCUGAAACAUUGCUUUACUGCUGUAAUCCCAUUCCUCUGUGAACUGAGACUAGGCACUGAAAAGAUUCUUCUCAUGGAGGUUCUUGUUUCCCCUCCCUUCUCUACUGUUCUCUAAUGUACUCUGCAGGUUCUCCCUUUUUUUCUUUCUUCAU